GUUCAGGCAUUGCCGGGGACAGCUUGCAGUGGGCCUUGUUCCAGUCUCGGGUAGACCUGUGCUUGAGCUGGACCUGCAUGUAGCUAGCUACUGGCUUGUGCGUCCGUCUGUGUCUUAGUACCGGGAAUGCAGCCCCCGCUCCCACCUGACACAGUCCGAGAGCUUGUGCGGUUUUGCCUGCACAGAGACCCGGUGGCAGCUGACCUACGCUGCAGCCUGUUUGUAGCCGCUGCCUUGAGCUACAAGCGGGACUCUGUGCUUCGACCUUUUCCGCCGCGAUAUGUCAACGGGGACAGCAAAGACUUUGAGGCCCUGCUGACAGAUGUGAGUUCCUUGCCCGGGGUGAGGGAGUUGGUGCGCCAGGGGCCUGGAGAGGGGGAGCAGCACCUGGCUUUGAUGCACUGGGUCCUCUCCUCCAGGAACUUUGCUGUGAAGACACUGCAGAAAGAGGAGUAUGCUCGCAUUCGGGAGCUGACAGAGUGUGAGGGGGCAUCACCGCCUGUCCCGGACUUCCUGUUUGAGCUGGAGUACUGUGAGCAGAUGAACGCCCGGUUCGAGAAGACCAGAGGAGAGCGGGAUCUCCUCUAUGCCUUCCAUGGCAGCCGCCUGGAGAACUUCCACUCCAUCAUUCACAAUGGCCUACACUGCCACCUGAAUAAGACUUCGUUAUUUGGUGAAGGCACUUACCUGACCAGUGACCUCAGCAUGGCUGUCCUCUACAGUCCCCAUGGCAACGGGUGGCGGGAGAGUCUUCUGGGACCGUUACUAAGCUGCAUUGCCGUGUGUGAGGUCAUCGAUCACCCGGAUGUGAAGUGUCAAGUGAAGAAGAAAGAUUCUGAGGGCAUUGACCGUCACAGGGCGAGGGCGAGGAACAGCGAAGGGGGCGAGGUUCCUCAGAAAUACUUUGUGGUCACCAACAAUCAGCUCCUCCGAGUCAAGUACCUGCUGGUGUACUCCCAAAAACAGCACCGCACCAGACACACCCGGGGGACGUCCUGGCUGGUCCGACAUCACUUUGCCAUCAUGAUGAGCCUGUACCUGCUGCUGCUUAUCCUCAUCGGUGCCUUCAACUCCACCACCUUCCAGUCCUUCUGGCACAGACUGUUUCGCUGAGGGGAGGCCGGGCACAGGUCUCUCUCGCUCCCCGCCCAAAGUGCCUUCUCUAACGCUCGGCUGGACAAUCACACGGGAGACGCGCAGCUCCGUCCUUCAGCUGGAACGGAAGGAAGUCUCCCACACCUUAUUUCCUUUCUUUCUUUUGUCUCUUUUAAAAAGAAUAUAAUUACAAUAUUUCAUAUUUUUGUACACGCAUCGGUUGUUGGGAUUGGCUGCUCAACGGGCUAUAACUGCUUGCUCUGUUCAUGCUUCGAGUGAUGAGUAUUUUUAUUUUUCUGCAGUUUGUUUCUCCUCCUGUUUCAUAAGGAGUGGAAAGCUCACUGAAGUAUGAACUGAGAUUCAUAUCAAUCUCCUCUGAAGGAAUUGUGCUUUUGGAUAACCUUGUCUCCUGCUUUUUACCUAGAUCAAGAUCAAGGCCUAGAUUUCGGUUCAGAUCAAUGAUAAAUGGCAGACAGGAAGAUUGUGAGUUAUUGGCAGUGUGCCGUAAAAUGCCAUAGCGCUGGUCCUUCCUUGGCCCCGCCCCAAGGGAUAACAACGACCCUAUCCCUAAAGUUUUUUUUUUUUACAUUCCAGUCCUCACUCUUUAAUGUAGGUCCAAUCCCAGGUUGUUGCUUAGUUACACUGUACAUUACAGUGGCCUUAUACCUGUGAAAUUAUAGUAUAUGCAAAUAAGUAUUCUGCAAGUACACUUCCUUACACUACCUGGUAAUGUCACAUGAGCAAUGUCAUGCUUUCAAAUUCUUGCAUAUGUAGCUGAAAGGCCAAUCUAGUGUAAAAUGUGACCACUUAAUUCAUGUUGCCGAGUCAUCAUUUCCGCCAGUGACACCAUCGUGUGGUGAUAUAACUAAACUAAAGUUUUUGCCCCUGAUCCUUGCUGUGAUGAUACGCUGGUGUCAUGGAAGCCACAAUACACAUUUUGUUUGCUUUCAUCUCUAAACCUUGUCAAAUUUUGAGCUGUCAUGCACUUCAGCUGUAGGGAAGGGCAAUGAGAACUCCAUGUACAGCGCUAUAUCCUGCCCCCGCCAACCCCCUCCCCC